AGUUCGUUACAGAAUGUCAUGUAUUGCCAGUGCCACCCCAGGCUUUUACCAAUCACCAAAACUUCAUUAUAAAACCUGUUCGAGAAACUGCUUCGACGCACAGCAGACGAAGGUGUUAUACAACCAGGAUUUACCCAAAAAAUUAUUAUUAUAAACAUUGCCCAGUGAUCGCGGCUUGUAUUCGUAUUUCAGUUCUUUCUCAAUCUCUCUGGAUUAUUCAACACAUUGUUUGGUGCUAUAACCUCAGUGUUUUUAAAGGUAUCUUAUAAGAAUGGGUCUCUUAUCUGAAGGAAGUCCACUGAGUUGGCCUGAAACCAAAGAGCUAGCAGAUCAUGUUCGAAAACAUGGAAUUACUCAAUUUAUAAAUCUGUACAAUUUACUAAAGGAUAGACAAGGGGAUGUGCUGAAAUGGGGUGAUGAGAUUGAAUACAUGCUUGUAAAGUUUAAUCAUGAAACCAAAAAAGCUCAACUCAGUCUUCGUGGACAAGAUCUCCUGCCCGUUCUUCAAAUAACUGAAAAAGAAACCCCAGAGAAGGCUACCUCCUUGUGGAGGCCUGAGUUUGCUAGUUACAUGAUUGAAGGUACACCUGGCAAACCCUAUGGAGGACUAUUAGCUCAUUUCAACAUUGUUGAGGCUAAUAUGAAAAAUCGACGCCAAGAGGUCUGUGCUCUGCUAGAAAAAGAUGAACAAAUCCUUUCCAUUACCGCAUUCCCUCGCUUGGGUUGCGAAGGAUUUUGCGUUCCCGAAGCCAAGCCUGACCCUGUGAACAGCGCUUCUCGUUCUUUAUUUUUCCCGGAUGAGGCUAUUUAUUUGGCCCAUCCACGAUUUCGUACACUAACUCGCAACAUCCGUGAACGAAGAGGCGAAAAAGUUGCUAUCAAUGUUCCAAUUUUCAAGGACAUCAACACUCCCAGUCCUUUUAUGGAAGAUUUAACUGUAUUGGGAGACGACGGUGAGAAGGGUAGAUCUGCUUUGCCAGACCAUAUAUACAUGGAUGCAAUGGGUUUUGGAAUGGGCCAGUGUUGUCUGCAGUUGACUUUUCAAGCUUGCAAUAUCAAAGAAGCUCGUACACUUUACGAUCAACUGACACCAAUGUGUCCAAUUAUGUUGGCUCUUACUGCCGCUUCGCCACUUCAGCGUGGCUAUAUCGCCGACACAGAUUGUCGCUGGAAUAUUAUUUCCAGUUCGGUGGACUGCCGCACGAGAGAGGAAAGGGGUCUAGAGCCGCUAAAGACAAACAGAUACCGUAUCUACAAAUCACGAUAUGAUUCAAUCGAUUCGUAUUUGUCUCCUGAAGGAGAAAGAUACAACGACAUACCCCUGGUCAUAGAUCAAGAGGCUUACAAGAGAAUGCGUGACGCUGGUAUCGAUCAUUUACUUGCUCAACACGUUGCCCAUCUCUUCAUUCGUGAUCCCGUUUCCCUCUUCAGUGAAAAAGUGAACCAAAAUGAUGAGGAAGAUUCGGAUCACUUUGAGAAUCUUCAAUCAACCAAUUGGCAAACCAUGCGGUUCAAGCCCCCACCGCCAAAGAGCACCAUUGGUUGGCGCGUUGAAUUCCGACCCUGUGAAGCACAAAUAACCGACUUUGAGAAUGCUGCCUAUGUUUGCUUCAUUGUCCUGUUAACUCGCGUCAUUGUAACCUACGGGCUAAACUUCCUCAUUCCAAUUAGUAAAGUUGACGAAAACAUGAAAAGAGCCCAGAAGCGCGAUGCCAUUCUCAAUCAAAAAUUCUGGUUCCGCAAGGAUCUAGUGUCGCAGAGCUCGCCUACCGAUGCCGAAUCAACAGCCCGUCAAGAACAAAUUUGCGUAGAGAUGACAAUUGGUGAAAUAAUCAAUGGAAAGGGCGAAGAGUUCCAAGGCCUAUUACCCCUCAUUAGCAGCUAUCUCUCGACUGUUGAAGUAGAUGCCGAUACCCAUUGCACAAUACAUCAAUACUUGCGGCUCAUCCAAAAACGAGCAAGUGGUGAUUUGAUGACGACAGCUCAUUGGAUUCGUGAAUUCGUCACCAAGCACCCAGACUACAAGGGUGACUCCGUAGUAAGUGAAGGGAUCAACUAUGAUUUGCUGACUACAAUGAAUAGUAUUCAAAAUGGGACUAUCGAGUGUCCGUCGUUGUUGGACCAUCCCCGCACCAAGACCCAAUCUUCAAUUCCGGAAACCAUUAGGAUGGCGGAAAACUGCCCGUCAACUUGUUAAAAUCAAGACUAUUCAUUUUGAGCCUUGAUUCUUGCCUAACUCAGCCAUAGAGUCUCAAAAUUGCUAUUUAGAAGGAUCAAAACUAGCAUCAUUUAAACCGAUCGCCAAGGAAUUUAUUGUUUUUGUUUGUUUAUGUGUAAGGGAAACAUUCAUUAGGUUUUAGGACCUUAGAUCUAUACAGAAAAUCACUUUACGUCCGUUGCAAAGCAAAAAUUACUGUUAUUUUUUUCUGGGAUUAGGAAGAAACUGCUGUCAACAAUUUUUAAUGAAGAAUACAUUGAAAUUAUCAGCUGA